AUUCCACCUCUCUUCGUGUUCAGUUUGAUGAUGUGGACGAAGGUUCAAAAGUUUAGAAAAUGGAUUUGCCUGAACGCCACUACAGGAAUGCCUUGGUUCCUAAAUCAAAGUCGUUGUUUGCUUGACAAUGAAACAGUUCCAUAAUGUGUUUCUACAUAGCUAUACAAAGAUAGAAUUGUCCCAAAUAAUUUCAGCUUUUCUAUUGGAUAAUGAUGAGCAUUCAAUAUUCUAUCUCUUGUAAAAUCAAUUCAUAAAUAUCAGAGAACGCUUUGAUUCUUUUUCCUGUAAUUUAAUCGUUUUGAAUAUUUAAAAAAAUGCUAAUUUAAAACAUAAGUACGGUAGUUUUAUUAUCAGAGGGUACUAAAUGAAACGAACAAAUUUCAAGGAAUCUGCGAAGGAGGAAAGUUUCUGCUGCAGCUAGCGAUUCUCCGUAUCGUUACACAAUACAAUGAUGAAUACAUUUGUGUAUCUAUAACGGAAUUGCUAAGCGUGUUUUGAAUGGGAAAUCACCGUUGCGUCGCUGGGAAAAUACACUGACAAUGAAUCUCUUUAAUAACGCUUUACCCAGGAUUACAAAUUUGAUCCGUUUCAGUUUCCUUUCGAGUACAAUAAAUACAGUAUUCUUUAGGGGAAACGUGCUAAUGCAAAGACUUAAUCUUGGAAUUCGUCCACGAGCUUCAACAAACAAUAUAUAAUUGCCGUUCUCUGAAAUCAAGAAAGUAUUCAUUAACAUGAACUUCUUUGUAUUUUAUUAUUAAAAAGUGAAUAUUUAUUAUGAAGUUAUAUAAAAAGGCUUCAAAAGCUUAUCUUCAUUUUUUACUGAAAUCAUCCACACUACUUUGUUUUAUUAAUUUAAUGUUAACUGUUGCAUAUUAUUUAUAGAAUCAUAUAAAAGAUGUUGCAAGACUCCGUUGGAUCAAUGCCAUAUCCCUUCUACUGGUUUUAAAGCCUUGACAGAAAGCACGUCUUGAAACUUGCUCUGGGUACAAGCACAUGGCAGUAGCACGCAACUCGCGGACUCUAAUUGUUUUCUCUUUGAUUCUACAUCACCUGUACGUUGUACAACAAAGAAACAAUGAAUCGUGCGUGAUAAACGUUUCAUAGAACAAAGAAGAAUCUGAAGUGAAAUUUAUAUUUCCACUAAACUAUUAAUUUCUACUAUCUGAAUGCUUUUCUGCAUAAAAUAUUUUUGAAUAGCUGCAAAACAGUAUAAGCAUAGCUGAAACCACAUAAAAGAACAGAGUGUUGCCAGUCGCUUGAUUAAGGCCAACAGAGCCCCUAACACGAGCGUAUACAGCAACGUGGAAAUCCAGUAUUCUGAAGAAUUCGUGACGUUUUCAUGACAUCACGAGAACGGUCAUGAAUCAGCUAGUUCCGAUUUAAUGAAUGAGAGCUCGCAUUCUAUCGAUCUGCAUGCUGGCAAGCAGAUCGGUUUCAGUUAAACUCGCCGACAGUUCAAAGCGAGUACGUAAGCUCGUUGUUUAAAAGAAAGGCGAAGUAUACAUGCUGCAAACAACGCGUGUAUCGCGUUAGCAUUCAAGAAGAGUAGAUAAUCCAAAUCGCAAACUUUGAUUCUUGUAAUCGUGUUUGACUUUUUUAUUUAUUUUUCUUCGUCGCAUCGCAAGGGAAACCCGGAUCAAGCCAAACAGAAGAAAGCUGUUUUGUUCAACAACAUCUACCGCAAGAAACCAUGCUGAAUCUUCCUGUAAAACAUUAAAAACAUAUGGAUACUAGUUGAAUGUGCAAUAAACUGUGAAUUAAUGAACAAUGACUGAACCAAAAGAUAAAGAUAAGAACGAUGAAAUUAUCUUCAUGGACGAGGUGGUUGAUGAAGUAACAGAACCUCUGACCUCCGACAACUUGGAAGCUACCACUAACAUCAGACCACGCUAUGGUUCUAUGUUAGAGACAGACAACACAAACAAUCCACGGCCAACUUCCGGACCUGAGAUCGACGACCUUGAACCGGACGAUAGACCGUCGAUAGGGUUUGAUCAUCCAGGCGUAGAUGAUGGCCUUUUGCCAAAUGAUCUACGACCACCGGAGAUUCCAAUUUCAGGCGGCAGAAAUCCAUUUUUUCCGCUGCCACCUGUUUCAACGAUACCUGACGUGAAUCUCUAUCAGCAUAAGAAAACACUUGCCCAAGGGAUGAUGGAUUUGGCUCUCCUGUCGGCCAAUGCGAAUCAAUUGCGCUAUGUUCUGCAAACUGACGGCGGGCACCCAUAUUAUUAUCCAUCCCUAGUUAUGAUAGCAGCCAGCUUGUUACUGCAGAUUGCUGUGGGUAUAGGACUGAUUUGGAACAGCAGGUAUAAUGUGAAGAACGACACUGAAAUGUGCAAAGCUGCAAGAGCCAACAAUUACACUGUAAUUGGUAUAUUUCUGGUGACAAUUUUGAAUGUUUUCAUCUCAUCAUUUGGUGUUAUUGAUCAAGUGACUGUUGCAACUACAUGAUCUAAGGACUGCUAGUGAAAGUAUGUUAUAAGAUAAUAAGUGAUUUAUAUUUUUUUAUUUUUUUAUACAAAUCAAACUUGAAUGGAAGAAGGUAUUGAUUUCAAAAUAUCUUUUAAUUCCUUAGACAGUUCUUCCUUUCUCUUAGACAGAUCUUCCAUAUCUUUGUUUACUUCAGCAGAAAUUUCUGUUAACCAAUUUUCCAUUUCUUUAUUACCGUCUUGAACUUUUAAUAAACGUGAUACACAUGUAGAAGGAGAAGUUUGAGAAGCCUCAGAUUCAUUUUUGGAAGAUGAGCUUUCAAAUCUUUCCUGUGUUAUAUAAUGUAAUAAAGAAAUGAAUUUUGAAAUUUCAUUCCAAUUAAUGUCAUCUAAACUG